AGAUGUCAGAUGGAGGGAUGUAGGGGAUGACGGCGAAAGUGAGUCACAAAAGAAGACCCCCGUCAGUAUAAGAGUCCCUGGCGGAGAAGCUUGGGCAGGCAGUCUGCAGUAGCCAACACAAUGAGAACUUCACUACUCCUCCUCUCCUGCCUCGCUGCGGCGCUGGCUCAGGACGCCCCACCGGUGAAGAUCGACCUCUACUAUGAGACGCUCUGCCCCUACAGCAUCGACUUCGUCACCACCCAACUAUACCCGACCUGGACCAUACUCAAAGACAUCAUGGAAGUCGAGAUGUUCCCCUUUGGUAACGCCGAAUACGAAGCAGAUGGCGACGGGUGGGUGUUCACCUGUCAACACGGUGAUGAAGAGUGUCACGGGAACAUGAUCCACGCAUGUGCCAAGGAUCACUUCAAGGAUAUCAACAUCGAGAUGGAGUUCGUCAACUGCCUGCUCUCAGCCGACUACCCUCCCAACGCUGGAGCCACAUGCGCGGCUCAAGUGGGACAAGACUGGGCACCACUGGAGGAGUGUGUCAGUUCUCUGGAAGGACAGAACCUCCUUCAUGAUGUGGCCGUCCAGGAGGAGAAGCUCGACCCCCAGCUCUACUUUGUACCUUGGAUCCUCGUCAACGAUGUGUUCGACGAGGACUUGGUGACUGAGUGCCAGGUGGACUUGAAGUACGUGGUGUGCAGUACAUACACAGGUACACUACCUGAGGCAUGUACCACCGCCCAGAAAAUCAAACCAAGUCGCUUCUCACACACUCCGAAAAUCACCAGGAAGCCGUAAAUGACACUACGCUCACCUCCGGCCUCGUUUUCUUUCCUGCACAUUACAGUGCGUCCGAUUCUGAAUGAACAUUCUUUAUCUCUGCACCUAUUAAAUUUUAGUUGUUUUAUGAUAAGUUAUGUCACUUUAACUUUUAUACUAAUGUAGUUAAUCGCUAAUUAACAAUUACAUUAUGGGAUAGCGGAUGCCAGUCGUAUAUAUGCGACUGUAGUCGCAUAUACACGUGGAAAGUGUUUCACGUACGGUAAACAGUAUACACAUAUACCAAAUUCGAUUGAAUGAUUUCCAACGAAAUGUGCAACAGUGGUGUAUCCCUGAUGAUUUUACCCUCUUGUUUGUCUAAUUUGGUUAUAAGAGGUUAAUUAUAUUAAUUUACGAUAAUAUAGAUCACAUUACAGUAAUCUACCCACAAAUAACUAAUAUUUAAUGUUAUUCAUUGCUUAGAUCGUUCAGAAAUCCACGCAUGUAAAUGCGUAAAAAAAGCGAACGUAUUUCAAGACUUGCCCGACUUAGAGUAUAGUGGUGUGUUUUGGGUCCUCUUUUAUAUGUAGUGGUAAUGGGUUAACGUCUCCAUUCUCUGACUUAAUUGUCUUCAGCCAUGGGACUUACAAUUUGGUCGACAACUUAAUACACUCACAUGGUGACUCUACAGCGUAAGCUGUAGUGGCCCUAUAAACAACAACACUGGGGCUUCAAAUGAAGCUACCAAAUGGCUUCACUAGACUUCUGAGAACAGGGCUCAUACGGCACAAACUGUUGUAGCCCUUAUACAGCAACACCAAAUGGUUUGGAAACGUCGCAGUUGGUAUGCUUUGUUUUCAGAUUAAAAAAAAAAGAGUACGAAUAUUCACAAAAAAAAAAUAUUGUACGUUGUAAAAUAAAGUUGUCUGCUUA